AUGUUUAGCAAUAUAUCACGUUCCAGUAUAACCACUGUUUUAAUGAGCCUCUGCCCCCCCGUCUACUUAAGCGCUUACAUAGGAUCUGAAGAGAGGUCAACAUUGAAAACGCCCCCAUCAAAGCGUUCCGGCGAUGAGAAGUUGCGCCGCACGGGACUGGCCACCAUCGCCCCGCAGAAGGGCGGGAGUAGUGACAGUGACGAUGAGAGGGAGCUUCCCACAUCACGCUCUCCCCAGAUACGGCUACGGCAGCUCACCAAGAGAAGUCAUUCCGACCCAGAGGUGACGCCCCUGUCCCCGCCCCCGUCGCUGUACACGGAGGAGGAGGAGGAGGAGGAACCCCGUCUGAAGAAGGGGCACGUGGCAGAGCAGGAGCCGGUCCUCCCAUCCACGCCAGAAUCGGGUUCCUCCAACUCGUCGGCCAAUCCCUUCCGGGGCAUUGGCGAGAAGGCGAAUCUCGGGGGCAGGGACGACGCCGACGAGAAGACGCCGUGCGAGGACGACGCCGGGGCGGGAGUGUCGGGCGCAGCGGAGGACGAGGUCGACUCCCAGCAGGAGGAAGGGCAGUGCUCGGGCGGGGUGUUCCCUUCGCUCCCUGAUAACUACCUUCGGUCUAUAGGCCUAGCGAGGGACGACCAUUCGCC